UUCGAAUCGUUGCUAGAAGUGGACGUGUCUCAGUUAUUUAUUUAAAUUUCUAUUGAAGUAUCAGGCAAUAGUAGUGCUUUCCAGUAAGUUAAUAGUGAUUAAUUCUGUGUAAAGCUUACGCUUAAAAAAAUCUUAUAUUAUCUAUAAAUUAAGUGAACAGUGAACGGCGGCAGCGAGCGGGGUGCCCGCACACCUCACCUCUGCGAUAAGAGACAGUCGCCAUAAUUGCUCUCUCUAUCUAACACCGCUACGAAAUUGUCGCGCUUAGUGCAGCCGCACUCAAUAACAGCCGUCAUGAUGCGCUGUGAAGCUUGUAAUACCGACAUUAUGAACAAUAAUUGCAUCAAGUGCACUCGUUGCAAUAAGCAAUACCACACACUAUGCAUAAACCUUUCGGAUGAGGACUUACAAAAUGAGAAAACUUCCAAUAAGUGGCUGUGCCCGCACUGUCGUAGUAAGCAACCUAAAGGGGAUAAUUCCAAUACCCCGGUACGCCCUUCGACGCCUACGUCGAUGGCAGAUAUAACUUUUAACGUCACUCGCCGUAAAGUCAAUCAAGCAAGGACCGAGCCGCAGCAAAUUGCAAGUCUAUCCACGGAGUCCUGGCGCCAGGAAAUACGGGAUAUCAUUCGGGAGGAGAUACGUGAUGCUCUGCAAGAAACUGUGGGCGCGUUAACGUCUACCUUAACUGCAAAUCUUAGGGAAAUAAAUGAGGAAAUGAAGGAGUUCAAGGUAUCCAUGAAUUUUUUAAAUAGCGAAUUCGAGAAGCUAAAGGAUGAUAACACUCUAUACCGUAAAGAAAUAAACCAAAUGAGAAAAGAAAAUGAAAUGUUACGUUUUGAAUUGACUGAUACCAAGAGAAAAUACGAUCAGAUCGAUCAAUCGUUACGGGCUAAUAAUGUUGAGAUACAGUGCGUCCCGGAAAACAAAACUGAAAAAUUAUUAAAUAUCAUCAAACAACUUGGUCGUGCCGUAAAUGUCAGUAUAAAUGAGAAUGAUAUACAAUACUGCUCGAGAAUUGCGAAAAUGAAGCCGGACAGUAUACGCCCACGAUCUAUCCUAAUCAAAUUUAACACGUCUCGCCUCCGUGACAACCUCUUAGCGGCAGUGGGUGCAUACAACAGAACCCAUGUACAGUAUAAACUAAAUACCCAUGACUUAGGAUUUACUUCGAACGAAAAGUCACCAGUAUUUGUUGUGGAAAACUUGUCCCCGGAGAAUAAAAAUCUACACGCCGCGGCCCGUAUUCGGGCUAAAGAAUUAAAAUAUAAGUUUAUCUGGGUACGAGGAGGUCGCAUUUAUAUGAGAAAAAAUGAAACGGCGGAUAAGAUAUUUAUCCGUAAUCUUGACAUGUUGAAUAAACUUACUUGA